AUGUGGUGUCAGCAGCAUCUCACCACGGCGCAUCGCCACACGAUGUCACACCAACAUCUCACCACGGUGCACCAAUGUAUCACCAUGGUGCAUCACCACACGAUGUCACACCAACAUCUCACCACGGUGCCCCAAUGUAUCACCAUGGCGCAUUGCCACACGAUGUCACACCAACAUCUCACCACGGUGCACCAAUGUAUCACCAUGGCGCAUCGCCACACAAUGUCACACCAACAUCUCACCACGGUGCACCAAUGUGUAACCAUGGCGCAUCGCCACACGAUGUCACACCAACAUCUCACCACGGUGCACCAAUGUAUCACCAUGGCGUAUCGCCACACAAUGUCACACCAACAUCUCACCAUGGUGCACCAACGUAUCACCAUGUCAGAUCACGAUACGAUGUCACACCAACAUCUCACCAUGGUGCACCAAUGUAUCACCAUGGCGCAUCGCCACACGAUGUCACACCAACAUCUCACCACGGUGCACCAAUGUAUCACCAUGGUGCAUCGCCACACGAUGUCACACCAACAUAUCACCACGGUGCACCAAUGUAUCACCGUGGCACAUCACCACACGAUGUCAUACCAACAUAUCACCAUGGCACACCAAUGUAUCACGAUGGCGCAUCACCACACGAUGUCACACCAACAUGUCACCACAGCGCACCAACAUAUCACCAUGUCAGAUCACGAUACGAUGUCACACCAACAUAUAGUGCACCAAUGUAUCACCAUGGCGCAUCACCGCACGAUGUCACACCAACAUAUCACCACAGCGCACCAACGUAUCACCGUGUCAGAUUAUGAUACGAUGUCACACCAACAUUACUCUGAUUGGCUGCAGAUUGCCCACCACUGCCCUAUUCCCUUUGACGGACAAGAAUAA